UAAUACAUUACCGUUCAUAUUGAAGGCACGAUGCUGAAUUUGUGAAGGAAAUUGUUAGACGCAUUCAGACAUUGCUGGACUAUACAGACAUGUCUAUUACCCAAUUUUCUGUUGGAUUAGAGUCCCACGUGGAAAAGGUGAUUGCAUUGGUUGAAGAACAAUCCACUGAAGUCUGUAUGAUAGGGAUAUGGGGAAUGGGAGGAUCGGGUAAAACUACCAUAGCCAAAGCCAUUUAUAAUCGAAUUUAUCAUUCAUUCAUUGGUAAGAGUUUUAUUGAAAAUAUUGGACAAUUUUGGAAUCUGGUAAACAAAAGGCAUGUUCAUUUGCAAGAAAAUCUCCUAUAUGACGUCUUAAAAUCCAAGUUUGAGGUGGAAAGCGAUAGGGUGGGAAGAACCAUGAUCGAGACUAAACUUUCACGAAAAAAGUUGCUCAUUGUGCUUGAUGGUGUGAAUGAGUUUGGCCAAUUAGAAAACUUAUGCGGGAAUCGAGAAUGGUUCGGUCAAGGAACUGUGAUAAUCCUCACAACUAGAGAUGUUACCGUGCUGAACCGACUAAAAGUUAAUCAUGUGUAUAAAAUUGAUGUUAUGAACGAAAAUGAUUCCAUUGAGCUUUUAAGUUGGCAUGCCUUUAGAGAAGCAAAACCAAGAAAAGAAUUGAAUGAACAUGCAAGAAGCAUAGUUGCUUAUUGUGGAGGACUACCACUUGCUCUUCAAUUCCUUGGUUCCUAUUUAUGUGAUAGGACAAAGGAAGAGUGGGAAAGUGUAUCAUCAAAACUAAAAGUAAAUCCCUUUAAUCAAAUAUUUGAGAAAUUGGAAAUUAGUUUUGAUGGUUUACAUGACAUGGAAAAGGAUAUAUUUCUUGAUAUAUGUUGCUUCUUUAUUGGUAAAGAGAGAAGCUAUGUUACAAAAAUACUAAAUGGCUGUGGACUUUAUGCUGAUAUUGGAAUAACAGUUCUCAUAGAACGUGGCCUCAUAAAAGUUGAAAGGUACAACAAACUUCAAAUGCAUCCUUUGUUACGAGACAUGGGAAGAGAAAUUAUCCGUCGAAGAUGCCCAAAGGAACGAGGGAAAAGGAGUCGAUUAUGGUUUCAGGAUGAUAUAAAAGAUGUACUGAAAAAGAAUACUGGAACAAAAGCUAUUCAGGGAUUGUCCCUGAAACUGCAUUCAACCGGUAGAGAUUACUUUGAAGCUUAUGCUUUCAAGGAAAUGAAGAGACUAAGAUUUCUACAACUGGAUCAUGUACAACUUACUGGUGAUUAUGGGUACCUUUCUAAACAACUGAGAUGCAUUUGUUGGAAAGGGUUUCCUUCUAAAUACAUACCAAACAACUUUCAUAUGGAAAAUGCAAUUGCAAUUGAUUUAAAACAUAGUUAUCUUCAACUCGUCUGGCAGCAACCCUAGGUUUUAGAGCGGUUAAAAUUCCUUAAUCUUAGUCACUCCAAGUACUUAAGAGAAACACCAGACUUUUCAAGACUACCAAGUCUAGA